AUGGCAACAAACUAUACAAAAUACUCUCAAUUAAUUAAUGCAAGUACAAAUUACGCGCGACGAAUGAAGCAUUUGUCGAACAGGAUCUUCGGGGAAGUCGCUACUCCGACGAAUUCAAAGUCUAUGAAGGUGGUAAAAAUUUUCUCGGCACGUCCACUUCACACCAACGAGGAGAUUAUACAUUACUAUCCACGUCAUGUAGAGACAGGGAAGCUAAUGAUGAAACUGCGCAGCUACGGCUUGUUUAGAGACGAACAUCAAGACUUCAAGGAGGAGAUGAAGAGGCUGCGAGAGCUCCGAGGCAAAGUGAAGGUGUGGAGGCGGUGGCAAAAGAAGGAGAAUGCAGAGUGA